AUGAGCGACGUUCGCGGGCCAGCCAGCGCUCUCACCUCGUUCCUCCGCGAGAAGAACAUUCGCAUUCCCAACACUUCGUACAGUCGACGUCGUCGCCAGCAGCAGACGGAGGAGCAAGAUGGUGCAGCUGAUAGCGCCAGCAAUGCCGCCGCAGAGCUUUCCACCUCCGCCGCUUCCUCGUCUCGCGAACUCGUCCUUACCCCCGAUGAGCCCGCCGUAGCUGGGCCCAGUGGCUCUCGCUCUCGCCCUCGACCUCGCCCUUCUCGAGCAGCAGCAGCAGCCGCCGCUGCUCCCGCUGCGGUGCCUGCGAAGCGCAAGAAGCCCGCUCCUGCUGGCGCAUCGAUGAACUUUGACGAGGAGGACGACGAUGAUGAUUGGCAUUCAGACGAGGAUGGCGGCAGCGACUCGGAUUUCAAAGUGUCAAGCAAAGAGGCUGCCUCCCUUGGCGGCGCCGAUACAGAAGCCCAGAAGUGGCAGCGCAUCAAACGCGGCGAAGUCGAGAACAUCAGCCUCAAAGGCGUCGCAUCCGGCGCCAUUGAUUACUGUCCCGGCUGCUCCAAGCGCUUCUGCCUCACUCAGUACACCGUCCAGACCGAGUCGGGCGGUCUUUGCCACAAGUGCGGGCCGCAGUACAACGCUGCCAUCACCGGAGGCAACGCGGCUGCGAGCUCUUCUAAGGGCAAGUCGUCAGCCGCCUCUACCAAACCGCCCCCCCGCAAGAAGCGAACCAUCGUCAAGCGCCCGCAGGAUAAGCGCGUCCUCUCCACGCUCCAGCACAUGUGCAUCAACAUCAUCUCCGACCACAUCGAGGACGUCGAGGCCCUCGGCGGCAUCGGCGAUCGUAACAUCGAGAUCCUCAGCAAGAGCAUCUGCCGCAAUCGUCGCUUGAAUGAUCAGACUUUCCAGCUCUUCCUCGAGCCCUACACCGAGACGCUCAACCUCUACGACUGCUCGCGCCUCACGCCCGACGCGCUAGCUACAGUAGGGGUCUUCUCGCCGCGCAUCCACACCAUCAACCUUCAGCAGUGCGGUCAGCUGAACAAUGCAGCCUUCGACGCCUGGACGGACAAGCUGGACCAUCUUCGUCGACUGGAACUGUAUGGCCCUUUUCUCGUCCGCAAGGAGUCGUGGCAUCGCUUCCUCGACAAGGUAGGGGAUCGCCUCGAAUCGCUCAAGAUCCGCGAGACGCCCCGUUUCGACCUCUCGUGCGUCCAGACCCUCGUUGUACGCUGCCCUGGCCUCAAGGAGCUCGGACUGGCACAGAUCGGCCCUCUCAAUGGCGAGUGCCUCAAGCCCCUCGCCCAGCUCAAGGAGCUCACUUACCUAGACAUCUCCGAUCCCGGUGUCAGCGUGGGCGGUAUGCCCCCCGACUCCCUCAAGGACGACGAGGUCAUCGAGCUCCUCUCUCACAUCGGCGCGCGCUUGGAGCAUCUAGACCUCUCGGGCAAUACCGAACUCACCGAGCGUGUCGUCUUGGAGGGCAUCAUGCCGUACUGCACCUCGCUGCGUGCCCUCCGCCUCGCCAAGCUCACGAACAUCUCCUCGGCGUCCCUCGCCAAGCUCUUCGAGUCCUUUGAGCAGCGCAGCCUCCCCAAGCUCACGCACGUCGACCUGACGCGAUGCAACGAGGUGGGCGACGAUGCGGUCGAGGCCUUGAUCAAGCACUCCGGGCCGGCUCUUACCUACUUGAGCAUCAAUUCCCUCACCCCCACCACGACCCGCGGCGGGCUCUCUAGCAUCGCCACCUCUUGCGUCUCUCUUCGCACGCUCGACGUCUCCUUCGUGCGGAAAUGUGCCGAAGCUCAAGUCCUCUCCCUCAUCGAAGGAUGUGUCUCCUUGGAGCUACUCAAGGUAUUUGGCUGUAACCGUAUCCCGGACUAUGUGGUGGGGACGGCAAAGUGUGCCAUUGUGGGGCUGGAGAGGGUGCCCGUGGUCAGCCAGCCGAGGACUACCGGUGGGGCCGUUGUGUGAGGCUAUGCGUCCUAUUCGAGUAGGACGAGGAGGCGGCGUUCGCUCGGCCUGACUUCACUUUCUCAUGUCCCUCUCUCUCUCUCCCCCCCCCCCCCCCC